CAGGCUUCCGGGGCUGGAAUCUGCGUCAGCCCCCUGCCCGCGUCUUGGCUUCUGGCCGGCUCCUUCCGCGCCCUACCCGGGCAGGAACAAGAAGAGUCCAGUCCCGACCCUGGGUUCCCGGGCCUUGAUUUUAAAAGAUCUAUCAAUAAAAAUCGAUCUUCUUUCGGGGUACAAGUCUGUCUCCGAACCCAUCCUGAAUCGCAUAUGACUGCAGGGUGCGUGCUGGGCUGUGGGUGGCGGGAAGACAAACUUUUACAGAAGUGCGCCUGGGCAGGGGGACAACGUUUACGGCGUCUUAAUAUUGAAGGAGGAGGCUCGGCUUGGGGCUGCGAAGGGGAACUUCGCUUCUUCGGCCAGUCGCCCCGGGGCUGUUGAUGCUUCGCGGAGGGAGAGGGUGUGUAAAAUCCUGCUAAACCCUUGGGCCAACAACUGUCAAACAUCUGGAAUCCUAGCCCCUCCUUCACCCUGCACUGAGGAAGGAGGCGGAAACCCUUCAACUUUCCUUUGAUUCCUCCUCCCUGCCUUUGGACCCCUCUCGAAGGGUAAAAGGCCGACCCUCGGCGCCUGGCAAAAAGAAACAUGAGAUUCCCGUGGAAAUCAUUCAAGAGGAAGGUGGAAGGGGCCAUCUAAAAGAUUUUGAAAGCUGCAGACCGCAAGACUGGGUCCAGAGGGCUGGCAGUGGAAAACCCUGUUGGGUUGUGAUCUCUCCCUGAAGGGUCCCAGUUGCCUUUUUGCUUCCUGCAAAGGGAAGGAAGAGAGGGAGAAGACCAUGUCCAUUGCCUUGAAGCAGGUGUUCAACAAAGACAAGACUUUCCGGCCUAAGAGGAAAUUUGAACCUGGCACACAGAGGUUCGAGCUCCACAAACGGGCUCAAGCAUCCCUCAACUCGGGCGUGGACCUGAAGGCAGCUGUGCAGCUGCCCAGCGGGGAGGACCAGAACGACUGGGUGGCGGUGCACGUGGUGGACUUCUUCAAUCGGAUCAACCUCAUCUACGGGACCAUCUGUGAGUUCUGCACCGAGCGGACCUGCCCUGUGAUGUCAGGGGGCCCCAAAUAUGAGUAUCGGUGGCAGGAUGACCUCAAGUACAAGAAGCCGACUGCCUUGCCAGCUCCCCAGUACAUGAACCUUCUCAUGGAUUGGAUCGAGGUCCAGAUCAACAACGAGGACAUAUUUCCAACAUGUGUAGGUGUUCCCUUCCCCAAGAACUUCCUGCAGAUCUGCAAGAAGAUUCUGUGCCGCCUCUUCCGGGUCUUCGUCCACGUCUACAUCCACCACUUCGACCGGGUCAUCGUGAUGGGCGCGGAGGCCCAUGUCAACACCUGCUACAAACACUUCUAUUACUUCGUCACGGAGAUGAACCUCAUAGACCGCAAGGAGCUGGAGCCCUUGGAUGCCGAGAACAGAGACACAGGAUCCCCUCUUCCCGACCUCUGCUGUAUGCAGUGCGUGCCACGUGGAGUGUUGGUCAGUGGGACCGAGAAGUGGCAGCUUGGAGCCCAGGCCCUAGGAGGAACUCUGAAGCUUUGCACCGUGGGAAACUGUCAGAGUUUUGCAUUAAAAAGUGGACGAGGUUCCUGCCUUUUAGUAAUGCCUAAUUAAGUAGGAUGGUGGACUCUGAAAACUUUGGUGAUGAAUUCUUUUUAAGGUUAUUUGCUAUUAACUGUUUGUGCCUAUGAAAUUUCCAUUCAGUUAAAAAAUCCAGGUAUUUUUGGAACUUCUUGGAACAAUUUCCUCCUGAAUAUAUUGUUCACUGCACUAGUCAGUCCUCCCAGCAUGAGUGCUGGCAAACCUCUUAUUUUUUAAUUACAGAGUGUUCUUCUUCCUGCGGAACUUUGUUUGGCAAAUUCUAAAGAAAAUCAUCAGAGGCAAUUUUUUUUUUUUUUUAAUCUCUUUGGCCUAACUACAUCCUAAGGACAUCUCCUAGCCAGUGGAGAUCUGGGCUCCUGGCAGCCCCUCAGGGCAUCUCCUGCUGUCUGGGUCUGAGAUUGACACGUUGUUCCUCCCUCCUAACCUGGCUGGUUCUCCCUCAUUUCCCACUGUUUCACUUUUUUUGUUGUUGAAUAAUACAUGUAUGCAUGAAUUUUUCUUUUUAAUUUUGAGAAAUGUCAAAGUGGAAACUUCAAAAAGGAAAGAUUAUAAUGAACAUCCGUAUACCCUUAGUUGUCAUUCUGUUUAGUGGGUGAGCCUUCUUCUCUAAUGUAUGUGUGUGGCGUGUGUGUGUGUGGCGUGCAUAUGUGUGUGUGGUCUCUGUGUCUGCGUGCACAUGUAUGGGGGUCUUUCAUGACACUGACACUACGAAAGAGUUCACGCCGGUUUGUUUGUAGAAUGUGCCCACAAUCAGGAAUUUUUUUCUGAUUGUUUCCCCAUUAUUAGAUUCAGGUUAAACGUUUUUAUUAAGAAUACUACAUAAGUGAUGUUGUUUCUUUCCUUUUGCAUCACAUCCAGAAGCAUGCAAUGCCCAGUAGUUCCUUUUUAUGAUAGAUACUAAGCUUGAUCAGUGGGUUCAGGCAUUAUCUGCCUGAUCCAGUCAUUACAAAGUUCCAUGAUUCAUUAGAAAGCUCUGAAAUUCAGUAUGCAUACAUUUUAUAGAGUGUGCGACUGUGUAUAUGUGUUUCCUUUUUUUUUUUUUUUGGAAUCUUUAACUUCACAUUUAAUGAACACACAGCAUUUUAACAGGUUCUAUGCAGAAAUGGUUCUAAUAUUGAUUUGCUGUCACCUUAUCUUUUUAAAAAGGGUUGGAGUGCGGAGAUACAGAGGCUAGGUUAACCUGGCCCCAGUGCUCAUAUAUGUGCUUUCCUUUCUUAAUAUUCUCAAAGAGCUCCAGGGUUUCCCAAAGAUUACAGCCUUUGCAGUUAGAUGACAUAGCAAUGACAAAAAAUCCAUCUCUUCCCAUUUAACAGAGGGAAGGGGAAGCAAGAAGUUUACCUCUGCAGCUAACACGCGAGUCUGCUGGCUAAUGAGAAUUUGUGUGGCCCCUAUAGCCAGAGCCAAAAUAUAUAUCUUUUUUUUUCUACAUCCUCAGUGACCUCCCAUUCAGACUGAUGGCUUAUUUUACUAAAAAAACUUCACUCUGUGCAUCUAUACUCCUCUUGAGUUCUCUGAACAUUUUGGCCAUCAUUACUUUAAACUCUUUCUCAGAUAAAUUACCUAUCUCCUCAUCACUUAUUUCUUCUCUUGGGAUUUUAUCUCGUGCCUUGGCCUGGGAGAUAUUCCUUUGCCGCCUCACGUCAUCUAUCUUUCUAUGUGUUGUGGACUCCUUCCACAGGCUUUGGGAUUAUUGUUUUCUUAUUUCUAGUAUCUGCCCCUGGUGGAUGAGGCUGGACUAGAGGUUUAUGCAGGUUUCCAGGCAGGAGGGGCAGGUGCCUGCCCACUGCUGCGUGAAGCUUGGUCCUGGACCUCUGGUGAGGAGGGCUGUGUCUAGAGGCCUUUGUGGCUUAGGGAGUCUGAUGAUGGGUGUGGCUGUGUUCCCACCCUGUAUGUUGUUUGGCCUGAGACUUCCCUACAGGCUGUUGGCUGGGGCUAGGUCUUUGUGCUAAUGAUCCAAUCAAGAUGUCAGCCUCCAGGAAAGCUCAUGUAGAUUAACACUCCCGGAAUGUCCACCACCAGCUUUUAUGUCCCCUGGGUGAGCCACAGCCAUCCCUCACGUCCCCAGGAGACCCUCCAAAUCCAGCAGGCAGAUAUGGCCCAGGUUCCAAUGAAAUCAUUGCCUCUGCCCUUGGACCUGAUGCACAUGUUUCUGUGUACGCUUCCCAAGCAAAUGGAGCCUCUGUUUCCCCCAGUCCUGUGAGGCUCCCAGAGCCAAGCUGCUCUGGCCUUCAAAACCAGAUGUCCUGGGGUCUCCUUCUCUUCCCAAUGCCAGAACCUGGGCUGGGGAGCCUGAUGUGGGGCUCAGAGCUCUCACUCCUGUGGGAGAGCCUCUGCGACUUAAGUAUUCUUCAGCUUGUGGGUCACCCACCUGGGGGGUAUGGGGCCCACCCAGUGGGUAUGGGUCCCAGUUGUAUCGCGAGCAUGCCCCUCCUACCGUCCUGCUGUGGUUCUCUCUUUAUGUUUCCAGUUGCAGAAGAUCUUUUUUGCUAGGUUCCAGUCUUUUUUUGAUGGUUGUUUAGCAUUCAGUUGUGGUUUCGUUGUAGUUGCAAGGAGAGGCAAGCUCGUGAUCCUACCACUCCGCCAUCUUGACCGGAACUCCCCAGACCAAUGGUUUAUUUUAGACAGCACGUAUUUGCAUUGAAGGUGAUUGCCCAAGGGCACAGAAGUUGAUUUGGUUGGGGGUGGGAGGAAUCUCAGCUAUUACACUGGGUCAGGGCCCUCCCAGGGACCAUAGUAUAUAUGCAGAUACAAAGUAUGUGUGUAGUAUUACAAUUUCGUGGGGAUAGGGGGAUGAUUCGGCUCUUUAGGAGGGUGAUAAUGAAAAGAAAAAAAAGGUUGAGGAAUACUCAUCUAGAGUCAGUUUCUGCUUCUGAGAUUGAGAUUGUUGAUUUUUUCUUCCUGGGGUGUUUUCUCAUUUCUGAGGGCCAGGAUAAAUGGAGACAGCUUUGAGAGAUUUCUUAAUCCAUUCCCUCUACCCUCCCAACCUGUAUCGUUAACAUUCCAGAUGAAAAACUGAUUCUCCUCUCAAAGAUUUUCAGGCACAGAAAUUCCACUUCAUCCUCUUGUACAACCCACAGACCAGUUUACAUCGGAAAUCCUUUCAUUCAACUUGAGCCAAGCUAUCUUUGAUUUUCAGCUCACCUUGUCUAGUGUCCCAAGUUAACAAAGAUCCAGAGAUGAUAUAGGAUGAGUAAGAACAUACGAAAUGAUAGCUUUAUUUGCACAUUAAAUAUUUGAAGACUGUUACCAACUGUCCUUCAGUCUUCUUUCCCUGUCAUCUCCCACUGGCAGAAUUCUCUUGGAAGUCUUGUUGCCCCACUGUGAACAUUUCUAUACUUCAACCUGAAACCUUCCCAAGGCUCUCCAUGGCACUGUGCAUUAUGGCUGCAACCAGCAGUGAACGUAUAAGAAACGACUGCAUGCUUUAUCCAAACUGUAUUGUGUCCUUAUCAACUGCUGACGUGAUUUUAUACAUUUAUAAAUUUCCUUUUUUGUUAUAUUUGCCCACAGUAAAUCCUCCUCUAUAUUCUCUUCUGCCAUUUUGGUUUAGGUUUAUCUUCUUGAGCUUCCUUCCUACCUUUAGCAUUCUUCCUAAGAUUACACUGUGUUAUUUUGUCUUAAUCACCUCGUCAAUUGGCAAAGCAUUAGGGGACUUGGAUAGGGUUCCUGUCGUCUUUUUGUGGUGAUUAUACCAAUUCAGCAUUCAGGUCAUUGAUGGAAGCACAUCCCUUCCUAUGGUCUCUAACCUUUCAUCACUUCCACAUCCCGUGGGUAUCACACUGUGAGAAAAAGAAGUAUCAUAGAAACAGUACAGCCAUGUUUUCAAGAAAUGUGUACAAAGGCAAAAUUACUAAAAGGAGUCUGAUGUGUCACUUGGAUAAUACCGUUGUCUUUUGUGCUUUGAUCAUUUUGGUUCUCGAGGAAAUAGGCGAUUCUCUCCUAGAAUUAGCCAAACAAAGCGUGUUUUGGAAAUAAUGGGGUUUUUUUUCCUGCUUUAAAAAAUAUAUCCACAAAAAAACUUUUAUAGUAGGCUAUUUCCCUCUGGCAGUUAUUAAUUCUGGGGAAGAAGUUUUCAAUGAAUAAAUAAGGAUUUUUGUAACUUUUAGAGGGAAGAGUCCAUUUCUAAUCUGACAGGUAAGCUGUUUUACUAGCUUUUAGUGUUCUAAUUUCAGAGUUUUUCAGUGUCUUUUCUAAUUGCAUCAGAAAAAAGAUUUAGCAUAAUUUUAGUUUUGUGUGUGAUUGAAUAAAGGGUUUGGUUACAAAAACAGGCUAACAAUGAAAAACAAUUAGAAAUGUAAGAUAAGACUAAAGGAUAUUUAUGAAAUCAGUUCUGUGUGAGCUUAGGAACUCAAAUGUCACAAAUAAAAGACACAUAACCAUCA